AUUGGCAGAUACUCGUGAGAGUACCCCAGUUCCUAACAAGCAAGCAGUGGAUGAGGCAGUGGUCAAUAUGAUCAUCAAAGACUGUCAGCCACUCAGCUUUGUUGAAAAUGAGGGAUUCAGGGAGCUCCUGAAGCUUAUUCUACCCUCGUAUGCUCUACCAAGCAGGAAGACCAUCAAGGACUUGGUGAGCCAGAGAUAUGAGGAGGAAAAGGAAAAAACCAAAAAGGACCUCCAGAGUGCCGUUGCUGUUACUUUAACAGCUGAUAUGUGGACGUCUAUGAAUAUGGAGGCAUAUCUAGCUGUUACUGGCCACUAUGUGGACAAAGAAAGCCAUGAACUCCAUUCAUCAGUCUUGGCAGUGCAGCAUUUUCCUCAGAAACACACUGCAGAAAACAUUGCCACGGUUAAAAGGAGCCUCAUGGAGGAGUGGGGCAUAGCAGGAAAGGUCAGGUGUCUUGUCACUGAUGCAGCAGCAAACAUGACUGCAUGUGCUCGAAUGCUGCAAAUACGGCAUACCAUUUGUAUAGCCCAUUCCCUGAAUUUAAUUGUGAGAAAAUCAUGUGAUCAAAUCCCAACAAUAACUGAAAUACGCAACAAAACACGACACAUUGUGACAUACUUUCGAUCGAGCGUGACUGCUAAAGAGAAGCUCACUCAAAUACAGCAACAGCUGGGAACACCGGGCCAUAAAUUAAUAAACGAGGUGCCAACACGAUGGAACAGUACCUACCAAAUGUUUGAAAGAAUGACUGAGCAGAAGGAGGCAGUCUGGGUGUCACUGGCCUCAUUAAAACCUGACAUCACUCCACUGACUCCAGAAGAAUGUCAGAUCAUUGAAGAGAUGCUCAGGGUUCUUGCUCCUUUUGACCAAGCUACAAGAGAACUGUCUGAGGAAAAAAGGGUCUCUGGGUCUAAGGUCAUUCCCAUGAUGAGAAUGCUCCACAUUGAGCUUCAACGUCAGGCCACAACAGUGACAAAAACAGCUGCUCAGCAACUGGCUGAAAACCUGAGGAAGCGGCUAACUGACGCUAUUUGCGGCAUGGAAUCUCUCAGUGUGAUGACUCUGGCAACUCUGUUAGAUCCCAGAUUUAAAAAGAAUGGAUUUGUUAGUCAGCAAAAGGCAAGUGAAGCGGUGAAGAGACUGCAGUCAGAAUGUGCAGAAGAAAUGAGGAGCCAAGAGCCUGACCCAAGAGAAGAAGAGCCUAGCUCUUCACAUGGGUCAGAACCCAGUUCAGGGCACAAUCUCUGGAAAACUUUAGAUAUGGAGGUUGCAGAGACCCAGAAGACGAGGAACGCAACAGCUGACUCCAUUAUUGAAGUCCAACGCUACCUGGCAGAAACAAACACACCCAGAAACCAAGAUCCUUUGCAAUAUUGGAAAUGGAACCAGAAAAUAUACCCACAUCUUCAUCAACUUGCACUUAAAACUCUCUGCUCACCAUCAUCGUCUGUACCAUGCGAAAGAGUAUUUUCCAAGGCUGGGGAGCUGGUGUGUAAGAGGAGAAAUCGCCUUGGAGCAAAGACACUCCAAAAACUUUUGUUUCUCAAUAAAAAUUCAUGAACUAAUCACUUUUUUGUCUUUUAUUUCAUAUGAUUUAACAGUUAAGUUGACAAAUGUGCACAUAAGUUAAAAAAUUGUAACUCUGAAUUUUUACUCUAAUUUGCUAUAUUUUACAUACCAACUCAGUUUUAGCAUUUACACGAACAAGGAAUUUCUUUACCUGCAAUGAUUUUAUAACUACUGCAGGGGUCACUAUUGGGUGACCAACACAGUAUCAAUACAGU